AUGAACAGUAAAAAGUAUAUUGACUGGCUUCUUAGGCAUUUGGACCAAAUCAAACUGUUUGUUAGACCAAAAGAAAAUAGACUGGUGGCAUUUGCAAAGACAACUUUCUUCAUUCACAUAGAUGAAGCGAAGAGUACAGGUAAUAAACUUCAUGGAGGAAGCUGUUGUCAGGGUAUUGUGGAUAGCAUUUGUACCAAGUUGUGUAAACCUGUACUCACCGUAUAUCUUAUAGGCACAAAUCACUCUUGUUUAUCACGCUUUACCACAACAUUAAACAUGAGACGACAGGAUGUCAUGUAUGGUUCAAAACUUGGCAAUUCAACAAAUCCGCAUUAUUUAGAAGUAUUUUCAUGGAAUAAAUAUCUGGACAGGAUACGUGUUGAAGUACGAGAUUCACAACACUCCUCCUCACCACUCAUCUACCAGACAGAGUUCUCUGACUACAAUCUUCAAAUAGGAAACAACAUACUUUCACAACAUUGGCGACAAAAGAAAUUGACAGCUAAUUAUUUCUCGGAUAAAAAUUCUUUUUUUAUCCAGAUAACGUACAAGGCCUACUGUAGUGAGGGUUACUAUGGAUCAAACUGUACAGAACAUUGUCCUGGUAAUCCACAGAAGUGUGUCGUCAACGGUCAUACGUACUGUAAAAUGGGAUGGCAUGGCAAUAAUUGUGAUGAAGAUAUCGACGAAUGUGCUACUCGACAGUUUUGUGGUCACGGUACCUGUACAAACACAGCUGGUAGUUUCCAUUGUACCUGUCCUUCCUCUGUUCACGGUCUGAAAUGUCAACUUGAUGAGGAUGAAUGUCUUCUGGAGCCAUGUAAUGGUGGAGAAUGUGUCAACAAGGUCGGGAGUUACGAGUGUCAAUGUAGAACUGGAACAACUGGUAGAAACUGUGAGUCGUUGACUGCUCAACAGUGUAACAACAAUACGUGUAAUAAUCAUGGACAUUGUCAUGUUAACCAUGGUAAUACCUUGUGUACGUGCAACAAUGAAUAUACAGGUCCUGACUGUUCCAUAAGAAACUCAUGUGCUCAUAAUCAGUGUCAGAAUGGUGCUACAUGUGUGAUAUUUGGGACAAAUUACACUUGUCAUUGUUCCAAAGGCUUUACGGAAGAACUUUGUGAAAAAAUUGAUUAUUGUGCUACGGAUCCCUGUAAAAAUUCUGGAUCUUGUACUAAUACCGCGUCUGGAUAUAACUGUUCAUGCAUUGAUCAUUUCAUGGGUCAAAACUGUAGCACUUACGAUUAUUGUUUUGGACAGAACUGUAAUAACCGAGGGAAAUGUCAAAAUAGACCGAACGGUUACACUUGUCAGUUUAACGACGAUAACCUCAGACGCAUUGAGGCAGAGCAGAAUAACUUUCAGACUGUUCUAUCAAAAACAAACACAGAGAUCGAGCGGUUAGCGAAAGUAAGUCUUAACUUUCAAAAACAAGUCAACUCAUUAACUCCGCAAAAGUCUUACGCAAACACUGUAUCUGAGCAUGUAAUAAUUACUCCGCCAGCACGGGCUCGCUCGUCUUCCCCAAGACAAGACAGUAAUGCUGUUUCAAGACAGAAAUUACAGACGUUUCCUGAUAGAAACCCUCCGAGUGCCCCAGUGUGUUCGAAGAACACAAAAGGUAACGGUUCGUGUGACGUAAAUACUGCAUGUCUAGAUAUACUGUCCACUAAACCUAUUAACGGUUCAAUGGAUAAACAGAGCGACUGCUCCAGUGUGUUGGAUAAACCGCCAUCAAUUAAACAGAAUGUUACAAAAUCGAACAUGAAACAAACGAACAAGCGACCAUACAAUUUCGGAGAUGUUAGCAUGCACUCAGUGAGUUUAAAUGACAGCAUUGAUCUCCCUAAACAAUCUGCUACAACACCCCCACAUGAUGUUUUUCGUGGCGUGAAAUACAAGCGGAAAGCCAGAUUUUAUAUAUCGGGAAUUGAUAGAGAAUCUACCCAACAAGGGAUUCUAAAUUACACUGAAAAUAAAGGUGUGAAAAUAACGCACAUGGUUUUAUUCAAACCACGCACUACCCGUUCACAAUUGACCGCUAAGAUCAACAUUCCUUACGAACAAGCGUGUGUUGUUGAAGGUCAUGACUUCUGGCCGAAGGGUGUAUCUUGCCGUAGAUGGUAUAACAAUAGAGACUGGGAGGCGCGAUGUUCGGGUCAGGAUCAUGAUGUAGACAACGGAGGACAGUACUCGCGCAGCCGAGAAUGGUGGUCGGAAUAUGACAAUGAUGUGAAUGACCGCCGAAAGUAG